CAAUUUAGAUUUUACUCGAUAAACAGACAGCAAACAAUCCAUUUGUAUAACAAGCCAGAACGGUAAAGAUAAAUAUCAUAGCAAGAAAGAAAGAAAAACUCAAGAACGCAAGCCCAACAUACGAACAAUGUCACAAUACGGUCACUCCACCACCGGCGCCGAGAUCAUGCGACGGUUCUCCUCCUAUGCGGAUGGGAAGACGAUCCUGGUCACCGGCCCCUCGCCCUCGACUCUGGGCUCAGAGACCGCGAUAACGCUGGCUAAGCACUCGCACCCCGCCCACCUCCUCCUGCUCGGGCGGUCGGCCUCCAAGCUCGAGCCUGUCGUGGAGAGCAUCCGCACCGUCAACUCCACUGUCAAAGUGACCAUCAUCCCCUGCGAGCUCUCGUCGCUAGCCUCCGUGCGUUCCGCCGCCGUGUUGAUCUCGAGCACGCUCGCGGCCGCCAACGCGAAGCUCGACAUCAUCAUCAACAACGCCGGGAUCAUGGCGGUCAGCCCCUACCGGGCGACCGGGGACGGCUUCGAGUCGCAGUUCGCAGUGAACCACCUCUCGCACUUCCUCCUGACGAACCUGCUGUACGCAGACCUGGCGCAGGGCGUCCGCGUGGUCAAUCUAACCAGCAACGGCCACGAGAUCGGACCCAUCCGCUGGGACGACUACAACUUUGGCGAGGGCAGGGAGUACGACCCGUGGCUCGCGUACGGGCAGUCGAAGUCGGCGAAUAUCCUGUUCUCGAAGGCGAUCUCGCGGAAGAUGGCGAAGAAGCAGGCGAAGAGUAUCGCGGUGCACCCCGGAAUGGUACUCGGCACAUCGCUCUGCGCCAACUCCAAUGUCUCCAAGGAGCUUCUGGACCAGGGCAUAGAACUGGCAACUCAAAACGCUGGCGGAGAGCUCCCACCCGCGUCUCUGAAGAAUCUAGAGCAGGGUUGCUCAACGACUCUGGUUGCAGCACUGGAUCCGGAUAUGGAGGAUGGGGCGUACCUGACAGACUGUAACAUCACGGAGCCGAAGCCGUGGGCUAAGGAUGAUGAGAAUGUAUUCAAGCUGUGGGAGCUGAGUGAGAGGCUCGUGGGGGAGAAAUUUGAGUUCUAAGUGGGUGGUGGGCUUGUGGGAGCGAGUGUGUUUCUGUGAGUAGUCCACUAGCCGUUCGGAGGACCGGUGGUGGGUACUUGGAAUAUUCGGUGCGGUAGCGGGUCCAAGUUCGGUCUUUUUCUCUCUCUCUCUCUCUCUCUCUCUCU